GCAGUUUUAAGCGGGCCUGACCUUUUUGCCAUUUCUGUGUCGACUUAUCGAUACGUCAUGUCCCGUCCACCGUCCAACUUCUCUUGGGUUUCGAAAUCUGUAGCCGGGUUCGCCUUUCCACGAGAAAAGUAUGAGCUAGAAUAUCUAGUAGACAACGCUGGGAUAAGCCAUAUAAUUACUUUGUGUCAUGAAGUUCCCCAGUUCAUUUCGGAUUUCACGUCGGUUAAACAUUAUCACUUACCCGUCGAAGAUUUAACCUCUGCAAGCUUGCCUGUUAUUCAGAAAGCAAUGGAAAUUAUCAAACGAGCUGAAACAAAUAAUGAAAAAGUUGGAGUUCAUUGUCAACUGGGUAGAGGUCGUGCGGGAACAAUUUUAGCGUGCUAUCUUGCCUACAAAAACAAUCUUGAUGCCAAUCAAGCCAUUAUGGAAUUGCGUCGACUUAGGCCAAAAUCAAUUGACGAUGAACAGGAAGAAGCUGUGAGACGAUAUGUGAAGUCAAUCAAACAGUAAUGACGUAAAUUGGUUGGCGAAAACUUGUUACUCAUGCAAUAAAAAUUGUAAUUUAAAUGGUUCCUUUUUAAAGGGGCCCAUUCAUGGUUACAG